AUGAUCUCGCCUCACCUCGUCGGCAACAUCUUUGCUCACUUCUCCUUCAACGACCUUAGGGGUAUUUUCCUCCGGCGACCUCGGGCUCAUGUUCUUCCACCUCCUAAUGUUACUGGAGCUCUACACAUUGGUCAUGCUUUAACUGCUGCUAUCCAGUGCAUAACAAUGAAUAAGGAAUGUGCUAGUGAACAAUCUCAUGGCCUUAUGACUGGACCUUCAAAUAAUAUCCACAAAGAACUGAAAUUUGAUUAUGUAGAUAACUUUGACAGACAUAAUUCAGGUUUUACAAAUAGUGUUUCACCUUUACAAUAUCAUACAACUGAGAAAUAUCAGGUAUCACAUUCAGAUAUGUUUGGAGGUUAUGAUGACAAACCGUUGCUGAUGAGUUCAAAUGCAAAGCAUUUAGGUAACUUAAGAGGAGGUAAUAAAAUCCAGGAGACAUCUUCCAUUGAUGCCCUAAACUCUUAUCCUGGCUUAAUGUCAUCUGGCCCAUGUUGUUUAACCAUUCAACUGAUGGAUGUUGGGAAUGCAAAGACUGAUGUGGUUGCGGUUUCUGUGGAUCAUAAUUUUUCAACUUAUCUUCACAAUGGUUUUCUUUCUGUUGUGCCUGGAAAAAAGGAUUCUGGUAUUAUGUUGCAGAGAAAUAAAUGCCAAUUCUCAGGUAUUGAUGAAUCUUCUGCUAUAUCAGCUGUCAUGGAAGGCGUACAUGUGGUGAAUGGUUUGGAGUAUAAGAUGUAUUGCAGCUCAUCAAAGUUGACGGAGAGAGUGGAAAAAAAAAGACGAUGGUCAGAGGGGAUUCACCUGGUUGUGGAGGCAAAAGAAGGGUUACCAAUCCAGGCUGAUUCAGUUGUAGUGGCACAAAUCACAUACCAAUCAAUGUUUAAGCUUUAUCCAAAGCUUUCAGGGAUGACAGGAACUGCAAAAACUGAACAUCCUACUUUCAUUGCUUUCUACCAUACUAGCAUACUCUUUAAAAAAGAUAUCUUUCAUAAGGCACUGUACUUUGAAAACUAUACCACUUAUGGUUAUAGCUCUAAAUACGUGGGCAAAAGUGAGAACAAGAGUUGGACAUAUGAGAAGGCAAAAUCUAUAAUUUCAGAGUCAAUUGAAAUGAGCCAGUCAAUGGGUUUAGAUGAACUGCAAAGGCUUGUGGAAGAACAGGCAGAGAUGUACCCUCUUGGUCCUUGCAUUGCAAUUGCCUAUUUAUCGGUUCUAAAGGACUGUGAGAUUCAUUGCUUUCAUGAAGGAUUGGAAGUCAAACGACUUGGUGGUCUCCAUGUCAUUGGGACAUCUCUGCAUGAGUCCCGAAGAAUUGAUAAUCAGAGCAGGAAGGCAAGGAGAUCCUGGAUCAACACGCUUCAUGGUCAGGUAAGUUCUGUUAAAUGA